CUAGGAGAGACCAGCUGGGCUCGCACGCACCGCACGCGUGCCACUGAAAGAGCACAGCGGACUCUGACGACAUAAACAGACUCUGGUCUGGAGCUGCUCCUGUACAUGUACCUGUUCCAGUUACCGCCAUUCGGAUUUGCUCGUCUUCUGGUCCACGGGACGCCCGCUGCAACCGCAUUUCUCAAAACCGAUAUCCUGCUACCCCUGGAUUAAAACAGCUCUUGUUUUCUCUCACUACAACCCUGGUUUCUCCGUCUUCAGCGGCAAGCAAACACCCUGCUACAUAGUCUCCCAUGGCGACUGGACUCACUGCCUCUUCGUCUUCUACUCAUCUCUUCCAUCGACAGUCCUCCACCAUGUAUCACAGCAAUCACCCGCAAUAUAACUACUCUCCUCCCACUCACCACCAACCGCCUCCGCCAUCGUCCAGGUCGUCGGCAGAGAUAUCUCCUUCGACUCGUCCGCAUAGGCUGGCCGAUGUUCCAGUUUCUUCCCACCCUCCCAGCGUAAAGUCGCUGCCGUCUAUCCACGAGGCACUCGGAAAGAGCAAUCCUCUACCAUACCCUCACCCUCAGCCGUCAGUAUGCGGCCCCUCGCAGGCACCGGGUCACAUUGCGCCUUCAUCAAAUCUCAUGACUGGCCCAAGUGCGGAAGGGCCGAGUGGGCCAUCAAACCCGUUCUCAUCAACAAACUCCUCAGCCCCAUCCCUGCGGGAAUCCAUCCUUAACUCGCAGCAUCACCCCUCUGCUCCAUCUCAGUCCGAAGGCUCAAUAAGGUCUCAAGACUCACAAACCCGCUCUAUACACUCCAUAGGAUCGGAGAAAUCGUCUACAAGGAGCUCGGUUGCCGACAGAACAUCAAUAUGUACCUCACACGCACCUAGCUUUGACAUGCUAUCUACGACUUCCACUGCCGUCUCUUCGCCAACUAGCUAUGUGUCGCCAGUGAGCUACAACCCGCCCUCCUAUUCAUCCCACCGCAGUGUCCCUACUUCGCAAACUUUCCCUCAACCAUCCUUCGAAAACAGACCUGCUCAUUCGACAUGGACCUUUGGCGCUUCCGACCAUACCUCAAUGGAGGGGGUAAAGUCGUUGCAGAAAAAUAAUGGAGGACAAUACUGUGAUGCAGUCAAAAGACACCUUGAUGAUUACGACGUCCGCGCAUCUCUAAACGAGGUCCGAGACACGAGUUCCCGGACGCUAGAUAUACUUCGACCAUAUUCUCAACGUCCCCAGUCAACUAGGGCAGAGUCAAUCGAUGCAGCUAGCUUGUUACCCUCGCUGGCUGAAAUCGAUGAGUUACUCCACCUCCAUCGCCACACGGCAGAGAUUCUCGAAAGAAUCCGUUCGGCCGCAAUCUCCCAUGAACACUCUUUAAACGAGCAGCGGAGUCACCAACAAAUAUUUAAAGCAGAUCACACCCGCGAGAAAGAGCGGAUGUCGAUGUACGGCGAGGAGUACAAAAAUGGUACCGUCUUGGCAGGUGGCAAUAACACUCACAUAAUGAAUGGUUCUAGCCUCGAAAAGAAGCGCAGGGUACGAUGAACUUUCCCCUCCACUGAGCAUGAUCUAUCAUCUUCACUCAACACUCAGUUCCGCUCUUGCUAACCUCCAAACUGUAGAAAGCUGCCCCACCUGGCCGCUGUCAUAGCUGCAAUCGUGCUGAGACCCCCGAAUGGCGCAGAGGACCUGACGGUGCUCGAACUCUCUGCAACGCUUGCGGUCUGCACUACGCCAAACUCACUCGCAAACAGGGCAUGAACAAGACAGCCUCAUCUACAUCUUCCUCUUCGCAGAUGGCAAUGGCUGCAAGUAAUAUCAGGCCAAGAGCUGGUGUUGGCCGAUCACCACCUCUCCAGCCCUGAUAUCCUCCCUCGGUCCACUAUAUACCAUACUAUAUAUAUUUGUGCGAUGUAUUUCUAUACAUAUCUUGUCGGUCUUUUCUCCUACCAUCCCCUCCCUCCUUUCUACUUUCUUACUGUCUUUUCCAAAACUGGGUGGUUCGGAAAGGUAAAAAAUAAACCUAAAGAUUUAUUUCAACAUCCGGGGGCGUUUCUUGCUCGUCCUUAUUGCACCAUUCGAUUGAUUUCCUGUCCCUUUUAUUAUUAUUAUUAUUAUUAUUAUUAUUAUUAUUUUA